AUGCGGGCGCCCGGCCGGGGCCCCCGCGCGCCGCCGCUGACCAUGCCCGGGCGCCGGGGGGCGCUGCGCGAGCCGGCUGGCUGCGGCUCCUGCCUGGGGGUGGCGCUGGCCCUGCUGCUGCUGCUGCCUGCCGGCCGCCCGGUGCGGGCGCAGAACGACACGGAGCCCAUUGUGCUGGAGGGCAAGUGCCUGGUGGUGUGCGAUUCGAGCCCGUCGGCGGACGGCGCGGUCACCUCCUCCCUGGGCAUCUCCGUGCGCUCCGGCAGCGCCAAGGUGGCCUUCUCCGCCACGCGGAGCACCAACCACGAGCCGUCCGAGAUGAGCAACCGCACCAUGACCAUCUACUUCGACCAGGUAUUAGUAAAUAUUGGCAACCAUUUCGAUCUUGCCUCCAGUAUAUUUGUAGCACCGAGAAAAGGGAUUUAUAGCUUCAGCUUCCACGUGGUCAAAGUGUACAACAGACAGACCAUCCAGGUCAGUUUAAUGCAGAACGGCUACCCGGUGAUCUCAGCCUUUGCAGGAGACCAGGACGUGACCAGAGAAGCUGCCAGCAACGGUGUCCUACUGCUGAUGGAAAGGGAGGACAAAGUGCAUCUCAAACUGGAGAGGGGGAACCUCAUGGGAGGCUGGAAGUACUCCACGUUCUCGGGCUUCUUGGUUUUCCCUCUAUAAACACAGAGUCCCCAGUCGGUGGGGAAGUUGCGAUCUGGACACUGGACUCCACCCUUCCUCAACACCCUGAACUUGCCAGAAUAGGACCACUAAUUUCCCACUUCCAUCAGACGGUUGAAGUAGAAGAAUGAUUUCCUUCCAAAUCUCCAGUAUUUUCUUUGACUAUAGACCAUUCCUUGGGAACCUGGCUUCUAAUUAGUUUUAGACGACAAGGUCUGAAGGAGAAAUGAAAUUAUUGAUUUGAGCGAUUUGUACCUGUGAUUGUAAAGUCAAUAUUGGAUCUUAUUGUGGGGACUAUUGGCUUUUCCUCUUUUGUUUGUUCCUUGUAUUGUUGCCCCCACACGAGGAGUGCCGCUGACCCCAGGAUGGAUGGCAGGUUUCAGGCAGAGCUCAGAGCAGGAGCCCUGCAAAUCACCACCUGCUGGAGAGUCCCUGAGAUGUGUUCUUUGUGUGUGUGUGUGUUCAGCCUUAAGAAAAAGAAUGGCUUCACUUUCAUUCUGUAUUUUCCCCCGGGUGGACGGGAGGCCUCGGGAGGGGGAAGGGGACAUUGUGAAUCUGUCAAGAAGUGCUUUAUCCGGAGAAGCAAAUUUUGCAGGAUUGGACUGUGACUUUUGCUUUGUGGUGU